AUGGCCAUGUCCAAAGUUUUUUCAUUUCUUUCUCUUAUUCUAGCUAUAAUCCUCUGUUUCUCAACCAUCCAGUGCUCCAACACCAUCGGCAAAGGCUACCGUUUGAUCUCAAUCGAAGAAUCUCCAGAUGGUGGUUUCAUUGGCUAUCUCCAAGUCAAACAAAAGAACAAAAUCUACGGCUCAGAUAUCACCACACUUCGUCUCUUCGUCAAGCACGAAACAGAUAAUCGUCUCCGUGUUCACAUCACAGACGCGAAGAAGCAACGAUGGGAAGUUCCGUACAAUCUCCUCCCUCGAGAACAACCACCACCGGUUGGAAAAAUCAUCGGAAAAUCGAGAAAAUCUCCGAUUACAGUCUCGGAAAUCACCGGAUCGGAGCUUAUUUUCAGUUUCACAUCAGAUCCAUUCACUUUCGCCGUGAAACGAAGAUCCAACGGCCAAACACUCUUCAACACAAGCUCUUCAUCAAACGAAGCUUUCGGAGAACUCGUAUUCAAAGAUCAAUACCUCGAGAUCUCAACUUCGUUACCAAAAGAAGCUUCGAUUUACGGAUUAGGCGAAAACUCACAAGCCAACGGAAUCAAGCUCGUACCUAACGAGCCGUACACUCUUUACACGGAGGAUGUAUCGGCGAUUAAUCUAAACACCGAUCUGUACGGAUCGCAUCCGGUUUAUAUGGAUCUGAGAAACGUCGGAGGUAAAGCUUACGCACACGCCGUUUUGCUUCUUAAUAGUAAUGGUAUGGAUGUGUUCUAUAGAGGUAACUCUUUGACUUACAAAGUCAUCGGAGGAGUUUUCGAUUUCUAUUUCUUCGCCGGACCUUCGCCGUUAAACGUCGUUGAUCAGUACACUGAGUUAAUCGGACGGCCAGCUCCGAUGCCGUACUGGUCUCUAGGAUUUCACCAAUGUAGAUGGGGAUACCAUAAUUUAUCAGUUGUUGAAGAUGUGGUUGACAAUUACAAAAAGGCUAAGAUCCCUCUUGAUGUGAUUUGGAACGAUGAUGAUCACAUGGAUGGUCACAAGGACUUCACCUUGAAUCCUAUUAGCUAUCCGCGCGCUAAGCUAUUGGCGUUCUUAGACAAAAUCCACAAGAUGGGAAUGAAGUAUAUUGUGAUCAAUGAUCCUGGUAUUGGUGUUAACGCUAGCUACGGUACAUUCCAGAGAGCCAUGGCUAAUGAUGUGUUUAUCAAGUACGAAGGAAAGCCUUUCUUGGCUCAAGUGUGGCCUGGUCCGGUUUAUUUUCCUGAUUUCCUUAAUCCGAAGACGGUUGCUUGGUGGGGAGAUGAAAUCCGCCGUUUCCAUGAAUUAGUUCCUAUAGAUGGUCUAUGGAUCGACAUGAACGAGGUGUCAAACUUCUGCUCUGGAUUGUGCACGAUUCCAGAAGGGAAGCAGUGUCCAAGUGGGGAAGGACCUGGUUGGGUAUGUUGUUUGGACUGCAAGAACAUAACCAAGACGAGAUGGGAUGAUCCUCCUUACAAGAUCAAUGCUACUGGAGUCACAGCUCCGGUCGGUUUCAAGACUAUUGCCACAAGUGCUUUACAUUACAACGGUGUUCGAGAGUACGAUGCUCAUAGUAUCUACGGAUUCUCUGAGACCAUCGCGACUCACAAGGCUUUACAGUCUAUCGAAGGCAAACGUCCUUUCAUUUUGUCACGGUCUACUUUUGUUGGUUCAGGUCAAUACGCUGCUCAUUGGACUGGAGAUAACCAAGGUACAUGGCAAAGCUUGCAAGUGUCUAUCUCAACCAUGUUGAAUUUCGGAAUUUUCGGAGUUCCUAUGGUUGGUUCAGACAUUUGUGGAUUCUACCCUCAACCAACUGAAGAACUCUGCAACCGUUGGAUCGAAGUCGGCGCGUUUUACCCCUUUUCAAGAGAUCACGCCAAUUACUACUCUCCAAGACAAGAGCUUUACCAGUGGGCCACAGUAGCAGAGUCGGCUCGUAACGCUCUUGGGAUGAGAUACAAAAUCCUUCCUUUCCUCUACACUCUCAACUACGAAGCUCAUAUGACCGGUGCACCCAUCGCUAGACCGCUCUUCUUCUCUUUCCCAGAGUACACCGAAUGCUACGGCUCGAGCAGACAGUUCUUGCUUGGAAGCAGCUUGAUGAUAUCUCCGGUUCUUGAAAAAGGCAAAACCGAAGUAGAAGCAUUGUUCCCACCAGGUUCUUGGUACCACAUGUUUGACAUGACUCAAGCCGUUGUAUCCAAGAGCGGCAAACGCGUGACUCUCCCAGCUCCAUUGAACUUCGUGAACGUUCAUCUUUACCAGAACACUAUAUUACCAAUGCAACAAGGCGGUUUGAUUUCCAAAGAGGCGAGAACUACGCCGUUUAGCCUCGUUAUCGCUUUCCCCGCGGGAGCUACGGAGGGAUACGCCACAGGGAAACUCUAUUUAGACGAGGACGAGCUUCCGGAGAUGAAACUAGGAAACGGACAGUCCACGUACGUUGACUUCUACGCUUCGGUCGGAAAUGGGAGUGUGAAGAUGUGGUCACAAGUGAAAGAAGGGAAGUAUGCAUUGAGCAAAGGUUGGGUGAUUGAGAAAGUUAGUGUUUUGGGACUUAAAGGAACAGGGCAAGCUUCUGAGAUUGAAAUCAAUGGAAGUCCGGUUUCGAAGAUCGAGGUAAGCUCGAAGGAGCAUACGUAUGUGGUUGGGUUAGAUGAUGAAGGAGAGAACAAGAGUGUGAUGGUUGAGGUUAAAGGACUUGAGAUGCUUGUUGGUAAGGACUUUAACAUGUCCUGGAAAAUGGGUAUUAAUGGUGCAAAUUAA